AUGCCAAACGCGGCCAGCGGUGAGAGGCGCCGCGGCGCUCGCCGCGCCUGCCAUGUCCUGGCUGCGCUAGGUCUGCUGGGAGCACUCCGAGCUGGAGCAGCCUUCGCAUCGACCAGGCAAGCGGUCGAGGGAGCCAAGGAAGUCCCACGCCGCCAGCUGCUGACAGGAGCUGGUUUGAGCACGGCCCUCACAGCCACGCCGGCGCUAGCGUUCGAAACGUGGGUAGAUUCCAACCAGGGCUACGAGUUCCAAUUCCCAACCGGCCCGCAGAAGUCCACCCUGAAGGGCUACGAUGUCUUCUACCGAGACAUCCUGGAGCCUCUCGAGUACAUCGGUGUCAAGAUUGUCGGAACGCAGCGCAACAGCCUCGAUGACGUCGGCACACCGCAGGAGGUGGCCGCGAAGCUGUUGAAGGAUGUUGUCCCCGAAGGAGCUCCGCAGGAGAUCAUCUCCGCAACAUCCAAGAAAGACCAGAUUGGACACCGCAUCGAUAUCAUUGAGUACGCGUACCAGUGGAAGUUUGACGAUGCCAUGGCCAGGCAGCUUCGCAGGAAAAAGUUUCAACUCCACUGCAAGGCUGCGGUCGUCGUGGCCAGAAAAAAGCAGUUCGUGUUGACCAUCGCAUCUGAGGAGAAUAGGUGGCCAAUCCGUGGUGAUGACUAUCAGAUCGCGAUCGACACGUUCAAGUUGACCUACUGA